AUGAAUCAUAUCUCAGCUUCACAGCUUUGGGAGGAACUGAAGUCCAGUUCUCUGGUUAAAUAUGGGGCAGUUACUGCAGCUACAGCAGUAAGUUUGGUGCUGUUAAGAAAGUGGAUUGCGGGUGGAGUAUGCUACAGUAAGGUGCGAUUAGAUGGCAGAACUGUUGUCAUCACUGGUGCCAACACUGGCAUUGGAAAAGAGACAGCACAAGACAUGGCUAAAAGAGGAGCGCGUGUUGUAAUGGCUUGUCGAGAUCUUACAAGAGCAGAGAAGGCUGCAGAAGAAAUACGCAACUCCACAGGAAAUAGGGAUGUGGUGGUAAAGCGUUUGGACUUGACCUCCCUUAUCUCGGUACGGCAGUUUGUGGAGGAAUACACUGCCACUGAAAAACGAUUAGACAUACUCAUCAACAACGCUGGAGUGAUGAUGUGCCCUCACAGUCUCACAAAGGAUGGGUUUGAAACUCAGUUUGGAGUCAAUCACUUGGGCCAUUUUCUUCUGACUGUUUUGCUCCUGGACACGCUGAAGAACUCUGCCCCUAGCCGUGUUGUUAAUGUGUCCAGCAUUGCUCAUAAACGGGGAAAGAUCCAUUUUGAUGACCUUAACUUUACUGAAACUCCAUAUGACUCUUUGGUUAGCUACAAGCAGAGCAAACUGGCCAACAUUCUCUUCACUCGCGAGCUAGCGCGGCAGACCAAAGAUUCUGGAGUAACAGCGUAUGCCCUGCAUCCUGGAGUAAUCCGAACUGAGCUGGGUCGGCAUGUGGAGACACGCCACCCUUGGCUCAGCACCCUGUUUUAUGUUCCAGCACUUUAUUUGAUGAAGACCCCUAAGCAAGGAGCUCAGACAUCCAUCUACUGUGCUGUAACUGAGGGGUUGGAAAAACACAGUGGUUGCUACUUUAGUGAUUGCCAGUUAAAGGAGGCAGAACCAAUGGGUAAAGACGACCUUGCUGCUCUCAGACUUUGGGAUGUGAGUGCUCAGCUGGUGGGCUACAAAAAGUAAGGGCUGACAGCAACCUGAACAUCCUGAUGUCCUGAACAUCCAUCUGCUCUGUGCCUGUACUUUAAAAUUAAAAUGUUUGAUGUCACUGUUGCAUUCAGUACUCUAUAUUUUAAUAAAGGUGUAAAGUAUACAAAA